CUAGCCUACGUUUGAAUCAAGAUCGCAAUUGUGUAGCCAUGGAAGCUCAAUUGAAGAUCAUGGAAGACAAAUUUACAGGAAUCGAAGAAAAGAUCAACGCUCAAGACAUGAAGCUGGAUCAGAUCAUGUUAAUCCUGAAGAAAUCGGGAACAAAAUCAGGCAAGGAGAAGGAAGUCUAUUCCUCGUCAGGUGGUGAAGGCAGGCAAUGGAAUGCUACAUCUCUCAACUUCAAUCCAAAUCUGGAAUUUCCCAAAUUCGAUGGCAGCAACACCAGAAUUUGGAUUAAGAAAGCUUGUUAUUCAAGAUGGGUGGUCGUCGAGUUGUGUGGGGCCACUACAAUAUUUCUUGACAUGUGCGAAUGUGGACUAUUGAAUGUUGUUCAAGUUUACGGAUUGAUGUGCAAGGACAGUCGGGUUAUGGCUGGAGCUGGAGCCAGUGACUUUGUACUAUACAAGGAAUUGAGAGAAUUUGCAUGGCGGGCUCAAAGCGAUCACAGGGAAGCCUUGCUCAAGUUUUCUGAUUCCCUUCUAGUGGUUCCGGCCAUUUUGGCCGAAAACAAUGGAUUUGAUGUCACGUCUACUAUAAAAAAGUGGCAUGAUGAUGACAAUAUGAUGAGAAUGGGGAUCAAUAUUUCUACCGGGGCUCACAGUAGCAUUAGAAUAUGGGAUCUCUAUACUAGCAGGGAGUCGGCUGUGACAUCUGCCCUUGAUUUUGUGCUGUCCUGGUUGGAAAGCAUGGCUGCUAAGGAGCUGAAAAGCUACAUUUACGGUGGACUAUAGUUAAUCUGAAAACCAUACUUCUUUCUAUACUUAAGUACAUCAAAGACAAUUAAAGACAAAAAAAAGAGUGUAAAUAUCACAAUUAAAGACACAUAAGACUCAAUUAAUUGGCAAUAUGACUCCUAAAGUGCCCCUAAGGAGGGAGUAUUGCACAUCCACAAUCAAGUUUUUUUACAUUG